AUGAAGCACAACACAGCUAUAGUAACACGCAGACGCAGAUCUUACUCCUUCCGCCGUCUUCCGCGGUCCUCAACUCUCAAACUUGUUCUCCUACUGUUCUUCAUUUGGGACUCCCUGCAUUGCAUUUCGCUACAUCUUCGCCAGACUGCAGCGUUGCCGACUUCGCCGCCGCCACCUAACACAAAGCGCAUAUACAUAGCUGCGCAACACUACAACUCAGCUCGACUCCUUCGCGAGCACUGGAACGAGGCGCUUUACACCCUUGUACAAGAGCUCGGUGUCGAUAACGUGUUCGUUUCGAUAUACGAGAGUGGAUCCUUUGAUGAGACGCAGCAAGCGCUAAGGGAGCUUGACGCGAACCUUGACGUAUUAAAGGUGAAGAAGGAGGUGGUAUUGUCAGAGCUGACCCACAAGGAAGAGAUUCAAGCUCAGCCCGCGGAUCAAGGAUGGAUCGACACACCAGCAGGCGUGCACGCACUGCGGCGCAUACCUUUCCUCGCAAGCAUCCGCAACAAGGUCUUCCAACCUCUUGAAGCAUUGGCAGCUCAGGGUGAACAUUUCGACACCAUCCUGUUCUUGAACGAUGUUGCUUUCAAUCCUACAGAUGUCCUGAGAUUACUGGAUACAAAUGAGGGUGACUACGCGGCUGCAUGCUCUCUGGAUUUCUCGAAACCGCCAUACUUCUACGACACAUUCGCGCUACGAGACACAGACGGCCAUGAGGCUAUCAUGCAAACAUGGCCAUAUUUUCGUUCAUAUGAGUCGAGGAAUGCUGCAGAGAGAUUUCUACCAGUUCCUGUGUCCUCAUGUUGGAACGGCAUGGUCGCAAUGCCUGCAGAGCCUUUUCUCGGAGAACACGCACUUCGGUUUCGCGGCACCAACGACUCACUUGCUAAACAUCACCUCGAAGGAUCGGAGUGCUGUCUCAUACAUGCCGACAACCCGCUAUCCGCCACAAGAGGCGUCUUUCUCAAUCCUGCUGUGCAAGUUGGUUAUAAUAUGACUGCGUACAACGCUGUUCGUUCUUCAUAUGCCGUCAUGUCGCCUCUGCAGAUGUACGGACGGAUCUGGCAAAGCCGUGUGCUGCGGUGGACCACGACAGUGUGGUUCAAGGAGCGUGUAGUGCACAAUAGGGUCAUGGAAUGGACGAAGAAGAGUGGCAGAAAAGAGCCUGGCGAGUUCUGUUUGGUCAAUGAGAUGCAGGUCAUCUUCGAGAGGGGUUGGAAGCACGUUUGA